GGUCGAUCUGCGUUUUGUUUUUUGAAUUGGUGACGUGACGGCAGGGCAGUGAACGUAGCUGACUGAUUGAACGAACUGAACGCUAUACAACCAACAAGUGGUCAGUAAUGGCGGAUGGUUGGUGUUUCGCGUCUCGUAGUACUAUUUAUAACCUAAAAUAUAGUACAAGUUUUCGGCGAUAUGUACGCUAACGUUUCUUGGUUGUGUGGAUUGGUGCCGUUAAAUUUCACAACUGUGCCAAUGACGUACGAACGCUACAUCGGCUGAGAAAUACUCCCCUUAGAUGAUAAUCAGUGAAAUGAUAUUGCACACAAAAUUUUGACAUUCACACUGCUGAUAUUUCGUAUUCGUCGCAAGUAGAGAAUGGUGCAUGCAGAACAACAACAAGUAAGGUGCUGACAACGAAUACAAGUGUGUAACUAACAUGCAUGCAGUGUACAUAGUAUAAAACGGACGUCACUAUAAGUACUUGAAGGCUAUGAUAGCUAAACCCUAAAAAUGACAGAAAGACGGAAGAAAAAAACACAUAAUGGAUUCCUACGAAAAGUGUCCUCCUUGUUUAAUAUUGAUACGGCUCACGUCACUUCUCCUGAAAUGAAGCAGUUGCAGGUUAAUGGAAUAGAAGGUGGAGGAACUGAGCGUACACAAGGAGAGGAUGGUUAUACAUACUUAACAGUAGUGCUGUCCCGCGCGGGGGGCGCCGGCCUGGGGUUCAGCAUUGCUGGGGGCUCGGAUAACCCGCAUGUUCCUGACGACCCACAUAUCUACGUUACCAAACUGAUACCAGGGGGCGCGGCCGCCGCCAGCCAGUUACAAAUUAAUGACGCCAUAUUACAGGUUAACGACACGACAGUAGAAAACGUCACGCAUGCAGAAGCGGUGGAUGCAUUAAAAAAGGCAGGAAAUACCGUUAGACUGAAAGUAAAACGUCGCGGUACAGACGAUACGUUAAACGUGACACAGCCUUCGAGUAACGAAGAAGCCGUAGAGAUUGAAUUAGUAAAAGGAGGGUCGGGUCUAGGCUUCAGUAUAGCGGGCGGACUCGGCAAUCAACACAUUCCCGGCGACAAUGGCAUCUACGUCACUAAGAUUAUGGCUGGCGGGGCUGCCCAUAGAGACGGCAGAUUACGAGUCGGAGACAAAUUGCUUAUGGUCAAGAACACUUCUCGCGGCGACGUGUGCCUGGACAACGUGACGCACGAGGAGGCGGUGGCCGCGCUGAAGGCGUCCGGCGAGCGCGUGCAGCUCGUGCUGGUGCCCGGCCCGCGGCACGCGCAGCCCUCGCCGCACGUCUCCCGCGCCAAUACCCCCUCAAGCACGGCGAAUUCGCUGCGGCGCGAGGACAUGACGGACGGCGAUCGCAGCGUCGUCGCCAGUACAGAGGAGCCGCGCGUAGUGGAAAUAGAGAAAGGGUCACAAGGACUCGGCUUCAAUAUCGUUGGCGGCGAAGACGGCCACGGAAUCUACGUGUCUUUCCUUCUGGCUGGCGGGCCCGCUGAACGAUCGGGGCUAUUGAGACGCGGCGAUCGAUUAUUGGCCGUCAACGAUGUGGACAUCACUCACGCUACUCACGAGCAGGCCGCCAAAGCGCUCAAGAGUACGGGCCAAAACGUGAAGCUGACAGUUGUAUAUAGGCCGACGGAGUACAACAAAUUUGAAGCUCGCAUCAACGAACUGAAACAACACCAUACGUUACUUCGAACAUCUCAGAAGCGAUCUUUGUAUGUAAGAGCACUAUUCGACUACGACCCGGUGAGAGACGACGGAUUACCUUCCCGAGGACUGCCGUUCCGCUACGGUGACAUUUUACACGUCACCAACGCAUCCGACGACGAAUGGUGGCAAGCGAGACGGUUAGACAAGGCGGACGCGGACGCGAUAGGCAUCAUACCGUCGAAACGUCGCUGGGAACGGAAGCAACGAGCCCGCGACAGACAAGUGAAGUUCCAGGGCCAAGGGACGCCAAUCAGCACCAGCCAGUCCACAUUGGAGAGAAAAAAGAAGACUCUUUCGUUCAGCAGAAAGUUCCCAUUUAUGAAGAGCCGAGAGGACGGCAAAUCCGAAGAUGGUUCAGACCAAGAACCUUUCAUGCUUUGUUACACGCAAGAGGACGCGAACGCGGAUGGUCAAGAUGAGACAGUGUUGUCGUAUGAGACAGUGCAACAGUUGACGAUCAGUUACACGAGACCCGUCAUAAUCCUGGGCCCGCUCAAGGACAGAAUAAACGAUGAUCUAAUAUCGGAGUUCCCUGACAAAUUCGGAAGUUGCGUACCUCACACAACGAGGGCGAGGCGCGACUACGAAGUCGACGGUCGCGACUACCAUUUCGUGGCGAGUCGCGAGCAAAUGGAGCGCGACAUACAGAACCAUUUGUUCAUCGAGGCGGGACAAUACAACGACAAUCUGUACGGCACCUCCGUAGCCUCUGUCCGGGAAGUCGCUGAGAAGGGCAAACAUUGCAUUUUGGACGUCAGCGGUAACGCUAUAAAAAGAUUGCAAGUAGCACAGCUAUAUCCAAUUGCCAUAUUUAUAAAACCAAAGAGCGUAGAGUCUAUAAUGGAAAUGAAUAAACGAAUGACCGAAGAACAAGCGAAGAAAACGUACGAACGCGCUCUGAAAAUGGAGCAAGAAUUCGCUGAAUAUUUCACUGCGGUGGUUACGGGCGAUACGCCGGAAGAGAUCUACGCCAAGGUGAAGACGGUUAUAACGGCGGAAAGCGGACCCACAGUAUGGGUGCCGCGACGCGAACCGUUGUGAACUAAAGUCGAAUAGAUUCCACAUAUUUUAUAGUGCGAUCUGAACUCAAUGACGGCUGCGAAGUUAGCGCGAGUCGCAGCGAGACCGAAAUGUAGCUCAUAGAACAGUAAUUUACAAUUUUGAAGGAAUAUUUUAGUAAAAAAUUUCGAACUAAAGCGCAGUUCAAUGCGUGUAAGGGAGACAGUAGACGACACUUUAUUCUACUUUUCUUUAUUUUUUCUAAGUUGUCCAAGAUUUGGUAGUUAUAUAGCAUGACACUGGAUGGUUGAACAUUGAAAAGCGUUUGAAAGAGAAACUUUGUUUCUAAUGUUAGCAGUUUUAACAUUGAGCUCAUGCUUUAAACAUAUAAAUUAAUAUUUAAGUUUUGGCCCCACUGCUGUCCAACCUUGAAACUACAAAAGUAAUGUGCAAUAUGUAUCCCUUUCGAAUACACUAUCGGGCUUAUUGGUGAAAGUAGGACGGACUGAAUACAUAUUGCUGCUAUUUUAGAAUUACAUUUAUGUAAAUUAUUAUUCUAUGGCGCGAAAACCUUUGCAUAAUAGUUGCUCGUUGCUAACUUCACAGCCGCCAUAAAGUUUGAAUCACACUAUACUGGUCUGCCACUUACGCGUCUAUAGUACUAAUAAAAGGCGAAUAUGCGACCAUUCGUGCAGAUUUUGGUCCUUCGAAGCCGCGAUCAUGAAUAUUACAUUAUUUUUGUUAAAAAUGCGCUAACUUGGAGCAAACUAAAAAACUUCAUAGGUGAUUCUAAGUACGGCUAGUUAUUAAUAUUAAUAUAUUUGAUUGCGGAUUCCUACGAAUUAAAUCAUCCGUGAAUUUGCGAUGUUAGCAUAAUCGCUAUUUAUUAGGACGACGCUAUAAGGCGACAAUCACUCGAACUCGCUUGCUCCAAUAGUCAAUUCAUACUAGCGCAGAGUCGACCCAUCCAAGCGUGAUGAAAAACUUCAGAAACGUAACAUAGCAAAUUCACCCUUAUAUCCGCAACGUAAUGCAAAUAUUCGUUCUGAACUGUCGAAUGUGUGCAAAUCCGAGCUUCUACUUUUGAUCACGUUGAUAAGGAUGAAAUUACUUUGUUGUGUUUCUGAUUGACGCUUCUACUGUGCUCUAAUAUAAAUUGACGAAAAAGCCGGAUAUACACAUGUAGUGUUGUGUCGUGACGCGUCAAAGAUGUAUUGGUUUCAUACAUUUUGUACGAUUAGAAUCUUGCGUUGUGACGACUGCGUACUCUAACUAAAUGUACGAAACCAACACUGUCUUUGACACGACAGACAACUAUAAUUUUAUUUCCGAUUUAACUAUCCGCGGGCAGCGAACUCAAGCGAUUCUCGCCCGUAAGUGGCAUUUCGACUGCGUACACCCGCGUGUAUUACCCGAAUAGUGCCUCGAGUUCUCGCCCCCUCGCCCAGCGGUAAAGCUCGCCCGUUGUUUUGUCGGUAUAUAAUUAACGCGGACGGAAAGUUCGAAACGCGAUAGCAUUACGAUUAUACUCUUUGCCUUGCGAUUGCAUCAUCUGCCUUGUACGCUAAUAAGUACAAAUAUCGCCCCAUCGAGUUCGUUCAUUUGCAAGUUGUUUGAUAGGCCAGGUUCUGUGGAAAUUACACUAUAAUCCAACCAACAUGACUCGUUAAAAAAGCAAAUGUUUUCCAUUUUGACACUAAAUUUAUCCAACCAUGUUACCGCUGUGUAAUGCCGGCACUUCACUUGGCUAUUCGUCAUUGAUAUUUAUAAACUUUACAACAGUCUCACUUUUUGCUCGCUAUGGAGUACGAUAAGGGCAACCUGUUUUCAAAAUUACCAACAGCAAAUACGAUAUGAGUUAACAAUAAAUUAAUUAAAAGAUAGUAUAAAAAAGCACUUAUUAAAAAAGCUUAUUCCAAAGUGUCUGAUUAUAUUACAGACAAAAAUGCUUCAAAAAUCAUUCCAACAGGUUAUUUAUAUUAAAUAAAUCAUGAUUGUAUUGAUGUUGUAACAACAUAAUGAUUUGUAAAUGUUCUUACAUUAUACUUUUAAUUUUGUGGAGUUUUCUUCGCUCGUUUUUCUCCGCAGCAAAAAAUAUUUCCAGUAACGCGUGGUGGGGAAAAGAAAAUUUGGACAAUUCAAAAGAGUUGUACUAUACAUCCAAUUUUAAUAAAGAUAUAUUGAUUUCUGAUUGAUACGAAUAGCCAAGUGAAAUGCCGCCAUAAAACGUUUUACACUGAAUCAUAUCGUAUUAAUAAAUAGGAUCCCCCCUAUCACUCGUCUAAGGCAGAAGUGAUUCGUUUGUUCGAGUGUGUAUUUAAAACGUUACGUAUAAUACGCGCGCUGCAAUCGCAUGUUAUCGUUGAUUCGGACCACCCGUACACUUAGGUAGACGAAUUGUAUUGUCAUUGUAGCGUAACUACGAGAUUGCCUUUACUAUGGGCCAGUAUGUUAAUGUUUCGUAAUAAAUUGAAAGAACUGGUACUCUGAAGCCUUAAAGCGACGCAAAAGGGUAGCAAAUUAGCCAAAAUGUAUAAAAUAUAUAACUGUAUUGUGAGUAUAAAACUUUUGGGGUAUAAAUCAAAUGUUAAAACGGAGACGCCACUAUAUACAGAGACGUAAGCGCCAUAAGUUCGAAAGAGAUAGCAAGCUGCACCCACCAUAGUUAUUUUGUUGUUGUUAAUAAUUUGUAUUCAUGAAGGAUUUUAAUUCUGUUUUCACAGAAAAGUAUUUGUUUAAUCAUACUUUUCGAUGUUUGAAACGUGAAAUACAAAAUCAUAAUUAUUUAACUACCCUAUUGCAAUCGUAAAUUGUGAAUAUCUGUUUUACGGAGCACAUUAAUUCUAUGGCCCCUCUACAGAUUUUUUUUAAAUGUUAAACACCACAGUUAUGAUGUGGGUUUGAAUGGGUUCAGAUCGAGGCGAGAUGUUAUCACAUCCGUCAAAUCGCUUUUACUGUUCUUGUCUAUUUAUAAAUUAGGGAGUUAAAUGAGUAACUCGGUGAAUUUAUUAUUUACCUUAUGACACAGUGGCGGCAAGUAUCGGCGUAAAACUUCUUGAAAACCUACAUUUAUAUACAUAAAGUCCCAUUCAAAAAGAAGUCCUGCGGCAGUUAAUGGAACGGACAGAUCGGCUAUGUUUUUAGUUUUUGUCAUUGUUGCGUGGAUAUCUAUGAAACUUUUUUUUAUUAUUCUUGUAAUUAACAGAAUUAUCUUAAGUUGUUGCGAGAAACGUUUCUAAGGAUAAAGAUUAGUACCACCUCCUAGGACUUACUUAGUGAAAAGCACCUACUCUAUACCAAAAAGUCGUAUCAAUGUUCAAAGACUAAUCUCGUACUCUACAUUCGUCUACCUUUGCUUAGUAAUUAAGACUGUAUAAACGUUAAAUUCGCCGAAUGAACCAGGUAGAGCCAGCAUAUCUCGGUCACAAAAUUAGAUUAGUCGACGGCCCCGCCUUUUACGAUACGAUGUAUAGCAAUAAAGUUGUUAAAACUACGUAUCAUAACACUACCUUAAUGAGCAUGUUUCGUAACUCAAGUUUUAUAUAUUUUUUUACAUCAAUGGAUACGUCCUUAUAGAGAUCGUAUCUUUUUAGUCAUCCCUAAUUUAUUCAGUCAUUAAUUAUAGUGUUCGUCUAUAAAAUCAUAACACAUAAGAGAUACGAACCAUACUUGUUAAAGUGAUGGUAAACAAUAUCGUAGACGGCAGGAGUCGAGCGAACGCCACGCGACUGUGACUUAGUUAGUCUUGUGAUUUUAGACGGUCGACUCUUUACGAUUAAAUUUUUUAUCAAAUAAACGCUUGAUAGAGACCCCUAUCCGAGUUCAUUUAGCGUAAGAAGUUAUUUGAAUUACUAAAUUAAAUGUAAAUUUUCACUUGUGCGUAAAUUGUUGACCAGACGGAUAUUAUAAUAUUAUUAUGCAUUCACCGUAGAAGCUUAUGUUUAAUGUGCAAAUUUUAACUAGUGACAAUCUCGUCAUAUGCAGUGUUUAUGUAAUAAUAAUUUAAUUAAUUUGACAAAUCCACUAUUGCGCUUCAAUUAUAUAUAUAAAAUUGUAUAUUGAAUAAUAAAUUAUAUAAAAUGCUAUAAUUCAUGUUAAUUUACUCAGGUUGCUAGAUACAUUUUAAAUCUUCGUCAGGAUUAAGAGUUUACUAUUAAUUUAUGAUAUAUUAUACAAAUAGUAAAGUUAUUACAAUGAGACGAAGCGAGUCACGGUGCACCGGUGAUGUAACGCCAUAUGAAUCAUGAUAUACUUACUAGUUGUGUACUUGUAUGACGCUACGUAGUCAAACCCACCUCACGCAAGGCUAGCAUAUAAGUACGUACUUACCUAAUAUCAGGAUUAUUUGCUCAAAAGGCAAUAUGAUAUAUAGUAAAUAUUGAAUCUCAUGACAUUUUCUGCACACCGAUGUUCCCUUGACACAUUAGACGAGGUGCAAGUUGUUUGUUGAUCAUUUUUAUAGUAAGCAAUUGUGUUAUAUGGUGUGAAAUGUCUCACCAAUUUAAUAGUGUUUGACAUUUAUUUAUUAAAAUUUUAUUUUCGUACGAAAUAAUAGAGUGCCCAUCUGCAAAUAUGGCCGAAGACGCGAGCAUGUGAAGCUUUAGACCGAAUUAUUAUUAUUGCUGUUACUUCAAGUUAUUUAUUUCCUAUUUAGUGAGUGCUUAAUUUGGAGUUAUUUUUUAAAUAAUCGUAUUUCUUUUUUACAUUUACAAAGAAUAUAUUAUUUAAUUAGACAAUUUAAUAUUUGUUUGUUUUACUGUUGCUGCACUUAUAAUACAUAUGAAAGAAGUAAUUGGGGUAACAACGCCUUUAUGUACUUAAUAAUUAUUCUUUGAGGGUAGUUUGAACUUGUUUGUAUUUUAACACGACAUCUGCUUGUCAAGUACCGUUUGUAUGAUAGACAAAUUUGACGAAAAUGAGGAAUCAUGACUAGCCAUUUUCAAUCAUAAACAACCUGCUAACCGAGUUGGUUACCAAAGAAUUAAUUAAAACUUUCAAAAUAAUCAACUUUACAUGGUUAAUUAGUUUGGCAAACUUAUGAUGCUGGUUGUGAUUCCUUUGUUUGGGAUUGUGUAAAUAAUUAAUAAUUUUAAGUUUAUACACUAGUGUAUUAACAAUAUUUUAUUAUGAGAAUGAUUUAUUUUAAUAGCUAUUUAUUUUAUCGACUAAGUAGGUAUUAUAUUUAAUUAAUCGAUCGUGUUAACUGUGUAUAAUUAAGUGUAAUUAAUGUAUUUUGUAAUUUAGUUACUUUUUACAAACCAGAUACCCAUAUUUGCAGAUGUACAGCGUUUAUGAGUUAGUGAUGUUCAAUAGAAUAGUUUGAAUAAAAUUAUUUACGUUGAAAAUUCUAUUGUUGUUUCUCUUACACCUCUAGCUAACUUAUACCCUUGUUUUGCUAAGAUUUAUAUCAUUAAGUGAAAUCCGCCUUUUUGUCAGAAUAAUGCAGAUUUCAGUUUACCAGUGAAGAAACGUAGGAUUGAAACCACACGGGGACCUUGAGAGGUGCGGGCGGCAUGCACUUGUAAUUUUGACAAGAUUACAAAAUUAAAAACAGAUUAUUAAGCCUUAAGGCUUAAUUAAGGAUUUUUAUUUUAUUGUUUUAUAAAUUUCAUUGUUUUUUG